UGGUGCCGUGUUCGAAAACAAGUCUUUCCGGAGACAUUGCGUACAUUUUCGUACUUGCCCCUAUUUACCCUUAUUUUCUACGACUUUUUUAAACGUGUACAAUUUUGCUUCAAAAUACGAUGGGACGAUAAAUAUAUGUUAUCCACAUCAAAUAAUGGUGCCGUGUUCGAAAACAAGUCUUUCUGGAGACCUUGCGUACAUUUUCGUACUUACCCCCAUUUACCCUUAUUUUCCUCGACUUUUUAAUUUAUCCUUAUUUUCCUCGACUUUUUUAAACGUGUACAAUUUUGCUUCAAAAUACGAUGGGGCGAUAAAUAUAUGUUAUCCACAUCAAAUAAUGGCUCCUACUCAGGCUAUGGUAGUCGCUCAGUUCCACGACUAUCACGCCGAAAAGUUCUCAGGGCAGGGAGACCCCCGCAUCAUUGAUAAAUGGAUUCAGGGGUUGGAGUUUAUCUUUGAGGUUAUGGAAUGCCCCGAUAGGUAUCGCGUAGUUUGCGCUCAGCUUCAGCUCACUGGUGAUGCAAGGCUCUGGUGGAACGCCUACUGGAGCAUGCGUCCUGGUGAAAAGGCGGGUUGUACAUGGGACAUGUUCAAGGAGUUAGUCCGCGACAAGUACUACCCUUCCUACUAUCAGGCAGAGAUGGAGCGCCAGUUCUUAGCGCUUCAGCAGGGUACUCGUACUGUCGAUGAGUACGAGCGAGAGUUCACUAGACUUGCAGGUUUUGCACCGGAUCUUGUUCGCACGGAGGCCCAGAGAGCGCAGCGGUUCAUUGACGGACUUUACCCAGCAGUCCGUCACAACAUC